CCCCGUUCCAGGGUUUCUCCCCAAACUAUGGGCCCGUCCCUGCCAAAUUCCCAGGCAAGGAAGUGGCCAGGAGAAAGCUCAUGCCUCAGCCACCUCUGCCCUUCUCUUGCACAGCAGCAUCCCAAGGCUGGGAGAAAGCACGAGGGUGAAGGGGGAAGAGCAUGAAAAGCCAGGGAGAGGGAGCAAGCCGUGCAAGGGCAGAGCUAAGGAUGGGCAGGAGCCCUGGAUACCAAAUCUGCUUACUCCAGCCCUGGGACCAGUCCUGCCUUUAAAGAGAAACAUGCUACCGUGUUCAGGCACCCGAGCCUCCCCAAGGCUAUCUGCAAUCUCUAAGACCAGAGGCAACAUACUGGGAGGACAAUCUCAUGGUGCAGCAAAUAUACAUCAACAGAGCUGCUGCAAGAGGGACCUGAGAGAGGAGUGCCCCUGACACACGCAGCAGCUCAGCAAUGAGUGAGAACCCCCCUGCCACUCUCAACACUGGAGACGCUCCCACUGGUCCCACCACACCGCGCAAGGGGCCUCCCAAGUUCAAGCAGAGACAGACAAGGCAAUUCAAGAGCAAGCCUCCUAAAAAAGGAGUAAAAGGGUUUGGAGAUGACAUCCCAGGCAUGGAGGGACUGGGGACAGAUAUCACAGUGAUUUGCCCAUGGGAAGCUUUCAGCCAUCUGGAACUACACGAGCUGGCCCAGUUUGGGAUCAUCUAA